UUUGCCUGCGGUGGGAGGCGAAGGGGGUGAAGCUGGGAGGCGUAUAGGUACCCAUCGUCUAAUUCUCUCAUCUCUCUCUCUCUCUCUCUCAUCUUUCGAUCGCAAGCGCAAGCCCUAGAAUUCCAGGGCUUGGUCGAUGGUGCUUCCAGGGUUCCAGUUCCGGCCUCCUGGAAGGCUCUGCGGAUCCUAGGGCUUGGAUUUCGAUCGAAGGCGGAGCGGUAGGGCCUCGCCGAUCCACGGAUCUGUCUAGGGCUUUGCACCAUUGCGUAGUUGCAGACUUAAUAUAUUACUUGAGUUAUGGAGUGCGCACGCCUUUGCUCAAGUUGCUACUGGGGCAGAGUCUCUUUAUUCCAAGAAGCUCUUGACCAGCGGUUUCUUUCUUUUGGAGACUUUCUGCUCAUAUCUUUUGUCAGUCAUACUUAGUGGCCAGCUGCUUUUCUAUGUCCAACAAGGGCAGCCUGAUGAAACUUUUUUCUGAAGUUGGUGUUGGAUCUAUGUUGCACUCUUACAAUGUAUUCACAACACAGCUUCUGCUUGGUGUAAAUCUGAGGUCUCAGGUGCAUGAUAUUGAAGAAUUAAUAUCUGGGGGUUAAGUCUUCAAGCCUUAACGACUGUUCUCUCUCUUUCCUCCUUUUUUGGUCCUAGCUAGUAGGCAUAUGCUUUGCUUCAAUUCCAUUCAGAUCUGACUGCAUGUUUGGUGUGUUAUUCUGCAUCAAUUUCUUCAACUAUGUAAUGCAAGUUGACUACUCAUCUUGAGCUUUAAAAACAUGUGUACAAGUUAUAUGGAGAGUGCAGAGCUUCUUUGAAACUCAUUCCUUGAGAUGUUCGGUGCUGUCAAGUGUAAUUUUCUCCGGCCAGGAUGAACUGCAAUAUCUUGGCUGCUACUUUUCUGAAGUGGAAUGAGGUCUCAGAGCUUUAUUGUACAUGUUAGUGGAAGUUAGAGGCUUUGGGCAUGUCCACCAGAAAGAUUUUAUGGUGACAUAUAUUGCAAGCCAAAAUUGAUGGUGGAUUUGUCUUUCAAUUUGUCCAAGUUUUAUAACAAACACAGACGUUUUCCCUGUCAAGCAUAAACUCUCGUGAGAUUCUAUGUUCUUCUCGUAAAUAGGUGUUGGUUAGCUUGAACAAGAAUCAACAGGAGUGUACUUGGCUUCAGCUGACGAAGAGGAUGGAACGGUACAAGUUAAUAAAGAAAGUUGGUGAUGGAACAUUUGGGAGUGUAUGGCGUGCUAUAAAUAAACAGACUGGAGAAGUUGUUGCAAUUAAGAAAAUGAAGAGGAAAUAUUAUUCUUGGGAGGAGUGCAUGAAUCUUCGGGAAGUGAAGUCUCUUCGGCGGAUGAACCAUCCGAGCAUUGUGAAGCUUAAGGAAGUCAUAAGAGAAAAUGACAUUCUAUACUUCGUGUUUGAAUACAUGGAAUGCAAUCUUUACCAGCUUAUGAAAGAUAGGGGCAAGAUUUUUUCAGAGACUGAAAUUCGGAAUUGGUGCUUUCAAAUAUUUCAAGCGCUUGCUUAUAUGCACCAGCAUGGCUAUUUUCACCGUGACCUUAAGCCUGAAAACUUGUUAGUUACAAAGGAUAUCAUAAAAAUAGCUGAUUUUGGCCUUGCUCGGGAAGUUUGUUCACAGCCACCAUAUACAGAAUAUGUCUCUACUCGCUGGUAUCGAGCACCUGAAGUGUUGCUCCAGUCAUCGGUAUAUGAUUCUGCAGUUGAUAUUUGGGCAAUGGGUGCUAUCAUGGCUGAGCUGUUCACACUUCGUCCUCUUUUCCCUGGCUUAAGUGAAGCGGAUGAGAUAUACAGAAUUUGCAAGGUUAUUGGUAGUCCCAACGAAUAUUCUUGGGCUGAAGGAUUACAACUUGCAGGUCUCAUGAAGUUUCAGUUUCCACAGUUUUCCAGCAUCCAUCUUUCUGUGCUUAUUCCAUCAGCUAGCAAGGAAGCAACUGACCUUAUAUCGUUGCUGUGUUCCUGGGAUCCCUGCAGAAGGCCUAAAGCUGAAGAGGCCCUUCAACAUUCUUUCUUCCAGUCCUGCUUCUAUGUCGCACCAUCUCUUCGUCCUAAAGUGGCAGGAAAGCUGAAUACUCCUCCAUCUGCUGGGGCGAGAGGAGCUUCAGAGCAGAAAAGUGCUAGAAGAUAUUCGACAGGAGCUCUAUCCACAACAAAGCCUGCUAAUAACAUCUUAUCAGUGAAGUCAAAUGCUUCUCUGAGGACAGGUGUACAAAGAAAGCUGGAGAUGGAACAUCAGGAGCAUGAGAAAAAUGAAAAAUCCAUGAAGAACAACCUUAAACAAUCUCGAUAUAGACCACCAGCAAGAAACAACCCAGGAGUUUUGGGAAGAAACUCUCACAGGGUAGCUGACAUGGCUGGAAAGACGGCACUUGGGGUAGCGACCUCUACUAGGGUUUCAAAUGUGGCUGAGAAGCUGGAAAAGGUGUCACUGAGCUCUGGUCUGUGGCAUAAUGGGAAGCGACCACCCCCGUGUCGAUGAAGGCUGGGCUUCGCUCACAUGAACUAACCCCCUUCUAGAUGAUAUCCUUGUCGGCCAAAAGGAAGUCCUUGUAGGGGUUGCUGCGCGUGGUGUCUGGUAUUUUCUGAGUGCUGGUUUGGGGUGAUGAACUGCUGUUUCUACAAUUUGGUUUACUGAAUUAACCAUUUCCCAUACUCUUCCAUUUCAUCUUAUGAUGCUUAGCAUUUGAAUCAUGGCGUGGGAUGAUACUAGUG